AUGGAUUAAGACUUCAAUUUAUUAUAGACUUAAAGAUUUUAAUAAUAAUCAGAAUUUAAAUAACAUUGCUAUCAAUGUUAUUUAUGUAAUGGAAUUACAGAUGAACUAUUUGCAAUUUAAUGUGUAGAAAUAGUAAUCUAAGUAUGUUUGAAUUGUCAUAAUGUUAUAAACAAUAAUGAUAAUGACAAGCAACUACUAGGAGUUUGUUGGCAUCUCCCAAUAACUGAUAUUCCUUAUUGCUCCAAAGUAUUAUUCAAAUUAGAUUCAUAAGCUAAAUUUUAUAAUCUAAAAAUUAAAGAAUGCAUGAUCUGUUGCAUUUAGAAAAUUUGCUGCAAAGUUUGUAUGAAUGAACAUUAUUUCUGUAUUGAUUGCACUGAUACAUAUAUUUAGCAAUAUUAUUCAUAGUCAUAUCGGAUUCCUUGUCCUGAAUAACUUUGUAAUCAAGAAUUAAAUCAUUAUCUCAUAGCUUAAUUUAUAUCACUUGCAUAGGUUAAAUAUUGGAAAAUAAUAAAUAGUGAUUUAUUUUGCAUAAAAAAGAGUUGUUGUUCAUAACUUUAAAUUAAUCCUUAUCUCAAACUUUAACCUUUAAACCUUAUAAAAAUGAAUGAGAAUGUGAUGUAAUGUUUAUCAUGUAAAACAAAGAUUUGUAAUACAUGUCAUACCUAAGUUAAAGGAUCUUUACAUAAACAUAAAUUAUACUGUAAUUAAUUAGCUAUAAACUAAUUUUAAAUAUAUUGUCAAAAUAAUUUAGUUUUAAAAUGUCCAAAAUGUAGAGUAUUAUGUCAACCUAGAUCAUGUUUAAAUUAAUAAAAUCAUAUUCAAGAAACUAAAAUUUAGUAAUGUCAAAUAUGUAAUACUGAAUUCUGUAUUCUUUGUAAAUCUGCACAUAUUGUUUUGUUUCCAUAAAUGAAUCAAUAUUAUUUCAAUAAACAAUAUCUAAGUUAUUGUUAAACAUGCAAAUCUAUAGUUUAUUCUAAAAAGAAUAAAUGCAAGAUAUUUACUAAGAAAUUAAUUAAGAAAUGUUUCUACAUACCUAAAUUCUUUAGAAUAUUAUGCAAAAUCUUAAUAAUUAUAAUAUGGUUACCUGGAUUUUAAUUUAUGUAAGUAAGUAAAAUGGUUGGAGAUUAUGUUGAUAAUAAAAUUAACGAAAUUGAUAAAGAUAAAGCACCUUAUUUCUUUUGUUGUUGUGGACCAAUCAUAGCCUUUUCCAUCAUUUGUUCAAUCUUCAUUCUUUAUGCAAUUUUAUUUAUACCUCUUUUUAUUCGAAAUUGCUAUAGAAAAAUUAAUGAUUAACGACUAUGA